AUGAAGCAUCAGCUUGCUUAUUAUGAAUACAUAUUAGGAGAAUUCAUUGAGUUUGAUUAUCUUCAAGCUCCUUACGAAUGAGACGAAGUUUUUGAUCCAAAUAUCAAAGAGAAAUUUGAAGGACCUUUUUACAGAUGGAUGAUAUUCAAUCCGGAGACUAAAGAAGUCACAGGUUUUAUUGAUAGCUUGAAAAGGAUAAAGGAGUAUUAUGAAAGCAAUGGGCCUUACGAUGGCAUCAUAGGCUUCUCACAAGGGGGAUACAUGGUCAGAACAUUAAUGAAAGCAGAUAUUCUUGGAUUCCCAGACCUAAAACUAAGCCCAGGUUUUGUUAUUCUCAUAAGCUCAGCCAUUCCAUACUGGGACAAGAUAAAACCCAUCAUCGAAGGUGACUAUUCAAGCCCAGUUCUCUACAUCUAUGGGUCCAACGACCCUAUAACCAAACCCUUCGACUACUGUAUCUGUCCUCGAAGCGACACAACCGUCAUAUUCCACAAAAAAGCCACUACAUUCCUAAAUUCACUGACUAUUCCCUGACUCGUCUCAUAAAUUUCCUCAACAGGUUCUACCACCAAAAGUACGGUACCAAAAUCCACCUUGGUUUCACUGUGGAUGCAAAGUUUAAGCAGAAUUUUAUAGAACACUCUUCUG